UUUGCAAGACAUACAACACUUCUGAAAAAAUAAAACUGAAGUAUCUUUCAGCUGGGCAUUCUAGUUCAAGUCAGAUUUAAGUUUGUUUUACAGAGUUUCACGCAAUACAGAAUGUAAGCCAGCAGAAAGACAAGAACGGCUAGCCGACUGCUCUGUAUUCUGCAUUCUUUGUCUCCACCUCCUGUUUGGAAAGGACGUGUGUUACCAUGAGGUAAGGCAUGUUUGUGAUUUCUCAUUUUAGGGAGGAAUCUGGAAAAGAAAGCAAGUAACACAGGUACAGAAAGCCUUUAAUACAAAAGGCAGCAAUAAAAUAAUGACUGUAUCAUUAGCAGCAAUUAUUUUAUGAAGAUGGUCUAAACAAUUAUGUGGCAGCAGAUCAAUGCUUGCUAACUUCAUUUCAACGUUGACAAAGUAAAAGUAACAAUAAAUACUCUGGUAAACUGGCUUUAGGGGCCACAAGGGAUCUGGGUUCCAGCCCCAGCUUUGUUUUAAUUUAUCUCAAUUUGAGCAAUAAUGGCAAACUAUCAGUUCACCCCAUCUAAUAUAUGAUUGGUAAUCAUACUUCUCUACCUUACAGCAUUGCUAUGAAAGAGAGAAGCAAGGCUGAUCCUCCAGCUUUCAGGAAAAGAUAAUCAAGGGUGACCUCUCGUUUUACUGUGGUUUAUCAGAUAGGACUUCAGAAAAUUGAAGAAAUGGAAGUGGAGUCUUUUUAAGUUUGCUGCCAUAUCAGAGUGAUAGAAGAGAGUGAGCAUGGUUUCCCAUGGAGCUGAAAGGCAGGAGGCUGCCUUUACAAAGUCUUCCAUGUCAACUGAACCGCCUUACAAGAUAGAUCGCCAGCAGUAUCGAAAUCUGUUAAAGAAGAUGUGCAUGCCUUUUGUGAAAGGUCCUGAGAACAGACAUGACUUUGCCAGUUUUGAAGAGAAAGACAGUAAUUCCUUCCUUAAGUUCAAUCCGUACACUGCUGCAGGAGAGGUGAAUUACCCUUUAUUUCCACACCGGGAUGAUGUACCUUUAGUAGAUCCUUGCUCCGGUUUUGUGAGUCCAGGAGCUGAUGCUGACUUGCAACCCAACACUGGAAGAGCUAUUGAAUCCCUGGUGGACUACAGUGAUGUGAAACCUCACCAGCGGGUCCCCAUCUCAGAAAAGAGAGGCCAGACUGCCCACAGGAGGCAGAUGAUCCUCCUGGAGGAAAGCAGCCAGGACAGAAGAUGGAACUCCAGGGCUGUGUCAGCUGCUUCUGUCAGGGCACGACUUGGAGGUCAGAGAACUCUGGUGAAAGUUGCUCCUGCUCUACCUGACCAAAAACAUAUUUUUGCAUUUCAUGUGAAUCCCAGUCUCAAGAAAUCAAAUGAUCCUUCUUCUGCAAGCUGGAGAGAAGAAAAAGCAAGGAAGUAUUUCUACAAGUCAAGUACUCAGAAAGCUUAUGAAGAAGUUCCUUGGGAUAGUAUUUUACCUUCCAAAGUCCAACCUCCAGAAUCAACAGUAGAAGUGAUGGCUGAUCCUAUUUCCCAGUGUUUCACAAGAAAGAGAUAUAAUCCUGAAUCUGAAAUAAGUCAAGUUGUUGGAAGCCUCUGGGAUAGAUUUCAAACAAGAGCUUUUACCUCUCCCCAGAGACCUGUUGAUUUCGUAAGCCCAAGCUCUCGAACCUGUCACAUCCCUUCCUAUACUGGCUGUGUUGGUGCAGUAAAUUUUGAAGACAUUGACAAUGCCAGCGUGGACUUAAUCACACUCGCUUGUGUGCGAACUUCAAAGCCUCGCUACACAAGAUCUUCACACACUCCAAAUAUCCCUGGGUAUACUGGCAAGGUUCAUUGGACAGCAACCCACCCAGCAAAUUGUAAUCUUCCGUCAACAUCCCCAUCAAUAAUUGCACAAAUGCAUGGAUACAUAGUGAAACAUGGACACUCAUCUCAAUAUAAGCACCAAGGACCUUUUUCCCAAAUGCUUACUCCAGUCAGUCCUCAGAAUUCUUUCAACAGGGUAGAACAACAAACUGUUAAAGUUUAAGAGGCAUCAGACCUCUUUACCUGUUUAACUGAUAGCCUCAGUGUCUGAAAGUGAGGAGGAAGGAAAUGUGUGAAUAUGUAUGGAUAUUUUAAAUAUGUAAUAAAAAUAAAAUAACACAGAAGUGGGUUGUUUUGGUAGUCCCUGUUACAUUAUUCUCAUAUUGAUGACUUACUAGCAUUGACAGUUAAAACCUUAUUGAAAACAAGAGGAGUCUUAAGUCAAAGGCUGGAAACUUGCUCUCAGUACUGGAUCGUCAUGGUAACUAAGAUAGAAAAUGAUGCUAUAGGAAUUCUAUCAAUUGACAUAUACGCAUAUAAUGUAUGUGUGCAAACACAUCCACACACACAUACAAAAGUGUAUUAUUAACUAAGAAAUCAUUACAAAGCAACAGCACUUCGCACCAGCUGUCCUAAGUGUGGCUUGCAAAGAUGGUUAAGUGUCACAGAGUGAGAUUUUAAAAUUUGCCAGUGCCAGCUCUCUGUGUAGUAGUAAAUAAAAGCCAGGUUAUGUUCUCUGGUCUGGAGCUUAAUUGAUGUUACGUGGUUUGCACCCAUGCUUUUAGUCUCCUGAAAACAGUUAAAUAUGGAGGACCUAGGGCCAAUAUUCAAGCCUGAAUCUUGGCACUGUUCAACUUUCUGGUGUUUGUGUAGACAGCAUGAGGAAGUUGCAUCCCUGAAAGAGACAAAACCAAAUGUGACUCUGCAGUUCAGGGAGAUCUAGUCUGCUCCGUGGGCCAAAAUAAUCCAAGUUGUUCAUUGUAAUUUAGGCUGCCUGAC